AUGGAGUCAGGAACGAAGAAGAAGAAAACGAUGGCUUACUACACAGAAGAUCUCAUGUUAAAUAUAUUGUCGAGAUUACCACUUAAGUGCAUCACAUCUUUCGCAGUGGUUUGCAAGGAAUGGAAAUCGAUACUCGAAUCUCAAUAUCUACACGACCUUUUCAUGUCACAUCAUCAAAACUCGCAUACGUCGUGGUCACUCAUGUGCAGAGACACUCAGAAAGAAGUCGUGGCUCACUACAGGUGCGAGACUUGGGGACUUCCACGUUCUCUAGGCUCUUACAUCUCCUCUUUCCUAACCCACAAAUUCAAAUUCCAGGAGGAAAAAGUUACUGUUGAUGCAUACACUGAUGUCGGGUUGAUUCUAGUUAUUGAAGGAUUCAGACCAUCUGCACUCGCCACACGAACUGAAAAUGGUGUCGUUUCAGAUUACAAAAUUGUUCUGAUGGACAAAAAGAGCGAAGAUACCGGCACAAUAAGCUUACUCAUAUAUUCAUCUAAGGCAGGUGUCUGGCAUUUCAACACUCUCCAUACUCCUUUCGCUUUGAGGUGUGUUACUUGGUUCAAUCCUGUUAGCUUGAACGGAAACCUUUACUGGCUUGGCUGCACUUACGGGAGAGACGAUCAUGACGUUGUUGUAUCCCAUAAUUUAUAUGCUACUGGUUUGGAUUAUUACCAAUGCAGAGUUAUACAGUUCCCUGAUGUAGAAAACAAUGUGAAUUUCAGAAGAGCUUGCACAACAUCUCAAGGAUCUUUAAUGUAUAUGAACAUUAUCAAAGAAGACAAAGAUGAUGGAAGUGUAAUGAAUAAGUUAUGUGUAUGGAGAUUACAUAGCAAGGAAUGGCAAAUAGUAUCUCAAAUAUCUCCGGCUUGUAUGAAGAGGGGUUUAAAUUACUAUCCGUUGGCAAUAAACCCUUUUGAUGCUAAUAAAAUGUACUUGUGGAGUGAGCUGCAUAAAUGUUUUGUAUCUACUACUAACUUGAACAAAGGCAAGUUUGAGCGUCACAAGAACUUGGAAUGUAGCAGCGAUGGUCACGUUUUGAGCUUUGCUAGAGAAUGGAAUCCGUUUGAAGACCUCUUUGACUCAUUCUCUUCCAAGUUUGUUCUCCCACGUUCGCUGCACCGUAUCCCUUCAAGAGAAUGGUGA